CCUUGGAGUUGGGGGGGAGGGGGAGCGGAGAACGUUUGCAAGCCAACCGCAGCAGACAAACGGGCGGUAACAGAGGACCGGGCUGAGCUCACAAUCCCAUAACAAUCCUACUAUCAAGGCUGGGCUGCAGCAUGGAAAAAGGGGCGCAGGAGGAAGCCCCAAGAGAGCAGCACCGGCUCCUGCAUUCCACGGCUAGGCAGAGCACUCCCUGCAUGGACCAUCUUCUCCUGCACCCUCUGCCAGGCCAGGGGGGCAGGGUCUCCCACCCUCUGCUAUUCCCUCCCAAGCAGGUUCCCCAGCACCAUCUCCUGCACCCCCUCUCUCCCAAGCAAAGCGUUUUGCACCAGGAACAGAAACUUCCACAGCCUGGGGAAGGGGGUGCCCUUAAAGAGCAGCAGCAUAUUUUGGAAGAGCAGAUUUGUCUUGAAAGGCAGCUUUCCCAGCCUGUCUUUGGGACGGAAACUGGAGUCUCUGAAAAGCAAGAAGAGGAGGAAGAAAAUGGGCACCAGAAAGGGUUACAAGUGAAAGCAGAGGAGCGUGAGCCAGAGAACCCAUUGCUCUUUAUGGGAAGUAGCAAUAAGAAAAAAAGACGAGAGCCUAAAACUUUUAUAAACCAUCUCAACGGCAAAGAUGAAAGUAGCAGCAGUGUGAAAUGUGUAGGGGAAGUCAAACUGGGGAAAGUUGAAGAGCUGGAGGAAAUCAAGAAAGAGGCAAAGAUGAAAGAAAACUGUGAUGCCGAAGUCUUGGGAUCUGCAAAAGAAGGGACCAUCAAAACUGAACUGGUAGAACCUCCUGAGGAGUAUUGCAAGGGGAGGGAAGAGGUGGCAUCCAAGCCUCAACCAUCUUCCAGUGGUCCGGCUCACAUUAGUAAGGAUGUUAGUUUGUCUCAAUCUCUGGGAACACAGCAUUCUCAAGAACUGAAGAUUCCUGUUACACUCCAUCCAGUCCCUCCAGGGGCUAGGAUCCAGUUUCAGGGACCACCUCCAUCUGAACUUAUAAGAAUGACUAAAGUGCCAGUGACACAAGUACCCCUUAAAAUGCAGUCCUUGUUGGAGCCUUCAGUCAAAAUUGAAACUAAAGAUGUUCCUCUCACAGUGCUACCCUCAGACGCAGGGAUACCAGAUACUCCGUUCAGCAAAGAUAGAGAUGGCCAUGUCAAGCGUCCUAUGAAUGCAUUUAUGGUAUGGGCAAGAAUUCAUCGGCCAGCCUUGGCCAAAGCUAACCCUGCUGCUAAUAAUGCCGAGAUCAGUGUCCAGCUUGGAUUGGAAUGGAACAAGCUCACUGAAGAACAAAAGAAACCUUAUUAUGAUGAAGCUCAGAAGAUAAAAGAAAAACACAGAGAAGAAUUUCCUGGUUGGGUUUACCAGCCAAGGCCUGGCAAAAGGAAGAGGUUUCCAUUGACUGUCUCCACUGUAUUCUCGGGUACAACUCAGAACAUCAUAGCUACAAGUCCAAUGACGGCCUCUACUGUCUUUACUGGGACUUCUCAGAGUAUUAUUACUACAAAUCCAACUACCAUUUACCCUUUCCGAUCACCUACCUACUCUGUGGUUAUACCCAACGUACAGAACAGCAUUGGACAUCCAGUCUGUGAAGCCGCUUCUACUAUCCAGCUGCCAGCUCCUUCUGCUCAGCAUCCAGGCCCCAUUACACUGUUCCAGCCAAGUGUAGGAAACACAACACCAUUAGCUGCCUCAACUGCAAACUUGCCGAUUCGGCCAGUCCUUCAUCCUCAACGAUUUGCUGCACCUUCCCCAACAGAAGCUCAUCGUGUCUCUUCAGGAACAAAUUGCUCUAUUAAGAGACCCACCCAGAUUUCUAUUGAAAGCUCAAGCAGGACCCCAAAUAAUACAAGCACUACUCACCCUAGAUACAGUGUCUCAAAUAGCCAACCCCCCAAGGAAUACUCAGGUGUUUCUUCAUGUUCUAGAAAUGGACCCAUUCCUCAAGCACCACCUAUCCCUCAUCCACACGUCUAUCAGCCUCCUCCCAGUGGUCAUCCAGCAACUCUCUUUGGAGCUCCUCCUCGAUUUUCAUUUCACCAUCCUUACUUUUUACCAGGGCCUCAUUAUUUCCCAUCAAGCACAUGUCCAUAUAGCCGUCCUCCUUUUGGUUAUGGGAAUUUCCCCAGCUCCAUGCCUGAGUGCCUUGGCUUUUAUGAAGACCAGUAUCAAAAGCAUGAGGCCAUGUUUUCUGCCCUGAACAGAGACUACCCAUUCAGAGAAUAUCCUGAUGAACACACACAUAGCGAAGACUCCCACAGCUGUGAGAGCUUGGAAGGGACAUCCUAUUACAGCAGCCACAGUCAGACUGAAGAGGAGUAUUUAAACCCAAUGCCACAGUUGGACAUUGGGGCCCUUGAAAAUGUUUUUACAGCCACCCCUUCCACCCCUUCUAGUGUACAGCAAGUUAAUGUGACCGAUAGUGAUGAUGAGGAAGAAGGAAAGGUGUUGAGAGAUUUGUAAUUUUUCAGAUCAAAUCUAGCAUACUUUUUAAAACGUGAAAUAAAACAUGUUCCUCAUAUAACACUAUUUUAGUGAGUGUUAUCUAGAAGGCAUAGUAAAUCUAGGUGGUUCUAAAGUUUUUAUGACACAUGGGAGAGUUCCUGAACCAAUGUAUCAUCACAGGUACUGUAUAUUUUUAUAUUAAUUUUGCAUACUCUGCUGAUCAAGGCAGCUCUUAAGAUGGUGAAGACUUUUUUAUUUAGUUAUCUCUUGCCUUGUAGCUGAAUGCUAUGGGUAAUGUUUCCAGAGACCAUGUGAAUAGUGUGUCUUAUUGAUUCUACAUUCAGCUAAACUGAUUAGUCAACAUUGUGCAUUUGAAAAAGUGCACUGAAGAAGUUUGAUAAUUAAUGAAAUCAGGGCAUUGACCUAUAUUCCUCAUGUUAUGUAAUGCUAGAAGCAACAUAAUUGUGUGCAACUUACCACAAUUUUUAAAAUCUGCUCUUGAGCACAUACAGACCUUAAUUUAAAUAGAAUCAUACUAUUUAUGAUGGGAAACUUCAUUUUCCUGUUUCAGUCUCUGUUCCUUGAUGGCAUGGUGAGAUUUUAAUUUCUAUCAAGAUAAAAAAAAAUGUAUUUAUUUCUCUGUUGUGUCCAUGGUGUGCACAUACUUUGUUAUACAUAAGUCAGAAUUGUCAGAUUUAAAAAUCUGACCUGUGGUAAAAGUAGUUAUUUUUUAAAAAAGCAACUACAGUUGUUCCAGAAUCUAAUCUAUAUUUAUGCAGAAAUUGCUAUAUAAUUAUCUGAAGACUGCAGCCCUGUUUACGAUUUAACUUAUUCCUCUGCAAGAACAAUUCAUCUUUUAGCAUCCAUAUAAAUGGAACAGUUACAUAAUUCUAAGAAUAAGUAAGACUCAAUCUAGCUGUCAGUUGUAUACAAGCAGGUUAUGAUUCUAUACCAGAAUAUAAAUAACAACAUUGCAAACAAUGCAUUUUAAAAUGUAGUGCAUCAAAAGUAGUUGUAAAGAAGAUGAAACAUUACUAAGCUAUUUGUUCAUGUUACAAACCAAUUUUAUAGCUACACUUUUCUUUCUGUUUUGGGGAAAGGGGCUGAUAGUAUAGAUGUUCCAUUUUUGUUAUGUUAAAAUAAAAUCGUAUGAACUGUAUGUUGUUACCUCUCUAUAUUGUGACAAAAAAUGAAUUAUGACCCUUGCUUGUAUGUACAUGAUAAGGUCAAAUGUGGUUAUCAAUUUUCAUAUUCUGUAGAGGGGUUUGUUUUAAUGAUAAUCAUACAAAGGGUGUACUAUUAUCAGUAACUAUUGUAAGCUAAUUGAAAAUGUUAAUCCUGUUCAUAACAUUUUAUUUAAAUUGUAAAUUUUCUUAUCAUACAUGUUAAGAGAUAAUAGCCUUUAUUGGAUAGAAAAAAAAUUUAAAGGAUGAAAAGGAAAUUCUAUGCUUGAUUGGUAAUUUUUGCUAACAAUCAUAGUACUUUUGCAUCAGCACUAAUAUAUAAUACUGAUGUGGUUUAGAAUACUUGCUAUAUUCUAAACAUAUAUUUCAAAUAUAUGUGAAAGUUGUCUUCAAGAAUUCUUGUGAGCAAAUGAGCUACGAUUCCCGCCACCACCCAAAAAAAGAUUGUGCAACCCCAUCUAACACAAUACAAUUGUUCUUUUUUUCCCCUUUACAAUAUAUAAAUAGCACAAAAUAAGUUGAGCAGCACUAAAAGAAGGACAGGUAAGCAGACACCAGGCCAAAUCCUGAACAUCCUAAGAAAAAUGUUAUAAACUAGAAGAAUCGGCGUAAGCCAGUCCUUUCCAACCUACAGUCCUCUUGAUUUGUUAGAUUAUAACUCCCAGAAAGACAGCAUACACAAAAGAUUAUCCUGCAAUUCAGUGUCAUUUUAUUAUUAUUCACAAAUCACAGAAUUAACCAUAGUAUUCUGGUUCAAAUGAGUCCCAUUACAUUUCAUUAAAAUUAUUACAUUCCCCAGUCUAUGAAAAAAGAUCAGAAAUAAUUUUGUGAUAACAAAAAGGAAAAAAAACAAACCUCACAUUAAAAGUUCAGGGUGAUAAAAAUGUCAUUAUAAAAAAAAACAUCAGCUGUAGCAUAAUGUAUAUAACAUUUAGCUUGCCCAAUAGAGUGCUAUUCCAGGGCAAAGAAAAAUCAAUAUAUUAAUUUACAAUUUUUAUGCAGCUUUUUUAUCUGACAGAAUGGUAAACUGUGCAAUAUGGAGAAUAAAUUGCUGACUCUUGAAACCAAAAAUUAAAGACUAAUCUCAUGGAGACAUUCCUCUAUGGUAGAGACCAAUGAUUUUGUCAGAACUGGGAUAAACCUCAAAGUAAAAUCUGCUUAUUAACAUAAAACCCCAAGCUUUCUGUAGUAGAAUAAGGGGAAAAGUUUGUCCAUUUUCUUUCCUAUGUACAAAAAAUGUAAGCAAAUAAAUAUUCAGGAUGCUGAUUCUAAAAACAAAACAAAAACAUUUGGCAACUCAGUUUAUAAAACAAUAUGCCUACUACAUUUUAUCUUGUAUAAUUGGGCACAAGGCACAAACAAAAUUUUAAUGCAGUUCCCCUUUAGAAUAAGUUUUGUUUUAUGCAGGCAUCCACAAAGAAAAGAGGAAGAAGGGCAUUAAUUCUUUACAGAAGAUAUAUAGCGUUGUAUGUAUGCAUAUAUGAUUCUCAUGCUGUUUUGAUGAAAUAAGAUCAUGUGAACACCUUAAUGGGAAGUGUAUAACCUGGAUUCCUUCCAUC